AUGGCCGCCGAGCGCUCCCGGCAAAUGUUCGAAAGUUUGAAGAACGGGGAUUUCGAGGCCACCCGAAGAGCUGCACCCGGCUUCAACUUCCGCGAGGUCGGGGACUAUGGCACUCCCCUCAUGGCCAUCCUAGCAAUAGACAUAUGGCUGCCCGAUGAGAUGGACGAGGUGGGCUUCCAGCUGCGGGUCCAGGCAGCCGAGUUCUGCCUGGCACGGGGAGCAGACCCCCUUCAACACGUGCCUGCGAAUUGCCCCUACAUGGUCCAAUUUGGGGAGCGGAGCGUUCCCUUCGCCUGCAAUUCUGCUCGCUCACUUGUCAGCAAUUUGCAGGCCCUCUGGCAGAGCAUGGUUCCCCACAUCCUCUAUGGGGCAGAGACAGAGGAGGAUGCCCAGCUCCUCAUCCAAGAGAUGACAGCCACAGGUGACCGCCUGAGAGCCUUCGAUCAGCUCUUCGUUGUUCCGUCUCCGAGGAGGAAGACGCCGCUGUUGCCUGUGAGUUCGCAUGGCCAAAUGGCAUAUUUCAGCAAGCUCUGGAGUGAAAUCUUGGAUGAUGAGUCCUCAGCCGAUGUUCAAGUCGUUGCCGCACACAAUGUGGAUCUUGCGAGACCGCAGGUGCUGGCACAUGCCCAUGCGUUUGUGCUGAGCAAAGCUUCGCCCGUCUUUGCUCAAAAGCUGAGAAGGCAGCUGCAGCAGCCGAGCCCAAAGCAACUUGAAGUGCACGCUACGGCCGCUACGGUGAGGGCUUUCCUGCACUUGGUCUACACAGGCACCUUUCGAGAAUCGGUUUGGCCAGAGAUUCCGGAGCUGGUGGCAGUUGCCCGGUUGGCCGCCGAGUCGCAGACCUGGUUCGUCCUGCCGGCCAUGGUGCAAUACAUGUGCUGCGCUCUCUCUCAGUAUACAUUCUACUACAUCUGCAAGUUUGCGUUGGACUUCCGGCAGGAAAGCUUGCUUCACACCUGCCAGAACUUUGUCAGAGACUUCAAAUCCAUGGUCCCAGAGUCUGAGUGGGUGUCCUGGGCAGCCUUGGCAAGUGAGGCGGAGGACGUGCAACAGCUUGUCCUUCAGGCCGUGGAGCCGGGCCGCUGCGAAGUUCGUGAAACUUUGUAA